GUGGGCGUCUGGGUGUGUCCACCACGCACACACCAGGCUCUCUAUUCCCUGUCGGAGAGACGSUGGUGAGCUACACAGCUACGGAUCAGGCAGGCAACAACCGCACCUGCCACCUCACCAUCACUGUACAAGGGUCUACAUGUGAGCAGCCCUUCGUCCCAGUGAAUGGGGAGUUCUCCUGUUCAGAAGAGGAGGACGGGGUCAACUGUACUCUGUACUGUAAAGACGGAUACAGCUUCACACAGCAGGCCGACCACAGCUACUUCUGUGCUAACAACGGAGUGUGGGAGCCGCCACACUUGCCCGACAGACCCGACUGCUCCUUGAACCGUAUUGCCAACCAUGGCUUCAAGCCCUUUGAGAUGCUGUUCAAAGCCUCUCGCUGUGAUGACCUGGACCUCCAGAGAACUCCUAUGCACAGAGACAGUACCGGCAGGACGGGAACCUCCCAUCUACCGCGCCAAGAUAGGCACCCUGUGCCCAUUCUCCCAGCAAGCAUCCCGUUGCCCUCGUCCAGGAACGACUCAGUGGAGGUAGCCAAUCAGAAGCGCCUGUUGCGGACCCUGGAGCAGCUGACCAAUCGACUGAAGCGGACGCUGGCCAAGCAGCCUCUGUCGUCAUAUCACGUGUCUUCGGAGAUGAUUGUGGUGGCUGACCCCAAGUCCUUGGAGAGCAAGAGGGCCUCUCUGUUCUGCCGACCUGGGUCUGUACUGAAGGGGAGGAUGUGUGUCCAGUGUCCGGUGGGAACCUACUACUCCCUAGAGUAUGCAGAGUGUGAGAGCUGCUGGCUGGGGUCCUUCCAGGAACAGGAGGGUCAGAUGGAGUGUAAAACCUGUCCUGAUGGAUCCUCCACAGCCUACCUCCACGCACGCAGCCAGGACCAGUGCAAAGAGCAGUGCAGGCCUGGAAGUUACUCUGUGAACGGGCUGGAGACGUGCGAGUCGUGCCCACUGGGGCACUACCAGCCUGGGUUUGGAUCCAGAGAGUGUCUGGUCUGUCCGGAUGAGACCUCCACCGUCACCAGCGGGGCAAGGGAGAUGUCUGAGUGUGGAGUUCCUUGUUUGGCAGGUCAUUUCUCUCGAACAGGGUUGGUCCCCUGCUACCCCUGCCCCAGAGACUACUACCAACCCGACCACGGCCGCUCCUACUGCCUCGCCUGCCCUUUCUACGGCACCACCACAGUCACCGGGGCCACUGCCAUACAACACUGCUCCAGUUUUGGCUCUAGUUUCCUGCCCAAGGAGGAGAGUGUGACAUCAGCCCCAGAGGUGGUGGUAUCCCAGGACUACCAGGCUAGCAGCCAGGUGUUCCAUGAGUGUUUCCUGAAUCCGUGUCAGAACAGGGGCACGUGUGAGGAGGUGGGGGCGGGAUACGUGUGCACCUGUCUACCUGGUUUCACAGGAGCUAAGUGUGAGAGUGACAUAGAUGAGUGUGACUCGGCACCCUGUCAGAAUGACGGUCUCUGUAAGGACGGCAUGGGAGACUUCCUCUGUCAGUGUAGACCUGGCUUUGUAGGUUCUCUGUGCGAGGCAGAGGUGAAUGAGUGUAGCUCCUUCCCCUGUCUGAACGAGGGAGUGUGUGUGGACGAGAUCAACCAGUACACCUGCAGCUGUGCUGACGGCUUCACAGGUUCUCGUUGUGAGCUGGAGAUAGAUGAGUGUCUGUCCAGUCCGUGUCUGAACGGYGGMGUGUGUGARGACCUGCUGGGYGGGUACUCCUGCACCUGCCUCCCGGGCUACUCUGGUUACCGUUGUGAGGUCAACGUGGAUGAGUGUAACAGCGCCCCCUGUCUGAAUGGAGGGACAUGUCAAGACGCGGUCAACAACUUCAGGUGUCAGUGUGUGGAGGGCUACCGCGGCAGGCUGUGCCAGGUGGAUGUUGAUGAGUGUCAGGCUAACCUCUGUAUCAACGGGGCCACCUGUAUAGACGGACCGGGCUCCUACACCUGCCGCUGCCCUCCUGGGUUCAACGGAAGCAGGUGUGAGACAGGUAUAUCAGACGCACAUAACACGGGUCAGUGGGUCCUAUACAUCAAUGGUAAGGAGCGGAUCACAGAUUGCCCGGCGGUUAACACGGGUCAGUGGCACCACAUUGGGGUGUCAUGGCGAAGCUGGGACGGUGACUGGAGGGUCUAUAUCAACGGAAACCCCUCAGARGGAGGGAAAGGCCUGUCAGUGGGCAGCACCAUCCCAGGUGGAGGGGCAUUGGUGCUGGGCCAGGACCAGGACCAGAGGGGCGAGGGCUUUAACCCGGUGGAGUCCUUCGUGGGGUCCCUCAGCCAGCUCCACAUUUGGGACAGAGUUCUGGACCCACAACAAAUCAAGAUCCUAGCCAGCACCUGUCGGGAAAACAUCAGAGGCAACGUCCUGGCCUGGCUGACUUCCUCAAUGGGGUGGUGGGGAGUGAAGACUAACCCCAACUGCAUCUUCUGCGCUGACUGCCCCCAGCUAGAGAAUGCAGUGCCUCACCUCCGUGCGUCCAGUCCAACGGUCAGUCCCGGGUCUCAGACGCAGCUGUCCUGUGUUCCUGGCUUCUACCUGGUGGGGGAGCCGCUGCUGCAGUGUCACAACAAGGGAGAGUGGAGCCACGCCCUGCCCCGCUGUGAACGAGUGAAGUGUGGUUCUCCUUGGCCCCUGGAGCAUGGUCUGUUCCAGGGUGCCGACUACCAUGCAGGCAGCUCUGUGGUGUACCAGUGUAACCCAGGGUUCUACCUGUUGGGGGACGCCAAGGUCCUCUGUACCAACAGUGGGAAGUGGGGAGGCAACCCGCCCGCCUGCCUGGAUGUGGAUGAGUGUGCACUGGGCUCAGACUGUGAUGAACACUCCAGCUGUCAGAACACAGACGGCUCCUACACCUGCACCUGUAUCCACCCCUACAGCGGAGACGGGAAGAACUGCACAGAACCAGUGAAGUGUGAGAACCCGGGGGCUCCAGAGUUCGGCUAUAAGGACGGUAUUAACUUCCUGAUGGGAAGUGAGGUCGUGUUCACCUGCGAGGAAGGCUACGAGCUGAUUGGCUCAUCUCACYUCCAAUGCCUGGAGACAGGAAGCUGGAAUGGUGUUUUCCCGUACUGCAGAGCCCUCUCGUGUGGAAGGCCCUCUGUCCCAGAGAAUGCUGUGAUGAAGGGCACCAACUUCACGUUUGGAAGCAAGGUGACUUUCAGCUGCGUUAAGGGGUUCGUCCCAGGGGACCCCUAUGAGAUCCAGUGUCAGGCCAAUCUGAAGUGGAGCAUUGCGCCCCCUGUCUGUCAGCCAGUCACCUGCGGGGAACCUCCACACGUAGACAAUGCAGAUUUCACCCUCAAAGGGAAAACCUACCUGUCUACAGUGAUCUACAGCUGUGCAGAGGGAUACAGACUGCAGGGCUCUGAGGAGGUGGUGUGUGAGGCAUCAGGAGAGUGGAGCAACCCUGCCCCUCUCUGUGCCAGGGUCCACUGUGGAGACCCCCCCGCCCUCCGGGACUCAGUGACCAUGGGGGACGACCACACCCUGGGCAACAAGGUGCACUACGUCUGCAAAGAAGGCUACACUCUGAUUGGACCAGAGUCCAGAGAGUGCCUGUCGACUGGGCAAUGGAGUCCCACUUCCGCUCAGUGUGUCCCCCGCUCCUGUGGCCCUCCCCCUUCCAUAGACCACGCCCUCGCUGUCGCCGGCCAUCAGCUGUUUGGCGAUACGGCCAACUACUUCUGCACGGACGGCUACACCGCUGGCAACAACUCCAAGGUGGUCUGCAAUGCCCAGGGAUUGUGGGCGCCCUCCGAAGGCCAGGAGGCCCCUCGUUGCAUCGCCACCUUCUGCCAGCGCCCGCCUGACCUGCCCCAUGCCGUCUUGGACUCGGUCAACAAACCCAAGUACGCCAGCAACACGGAGCUCAACUACAAAUGCGAAGAGGGCUUCAUCCUCAACACAACCGCCAAAUUGAAAUGCAUGAUGGGAGGGGAGUGGACGCCCUCGCCAUACGAAGUGGGUUGCGUGCCGGUGAGGUGCUCCAAACCGGGGGGCAUCGAGAGGGGGUAUGUGAGUGGGACCAACUAUAGUUUUGGAGCGAUGGUGGCGUAUAGCUGUGAUAAGGGUUUCCUGAUCCAAGGGGAGAAGAGGAGGACAUGUGAGGCCAAUGGAAAGUGGGGUGGGGUCCUGCCUGUCUGCCAACCUGUCUCCUGCCCGUCCCCCCCGUCACUCGAGAAUGGAUUCAUCCAGAACAAAGGUCAUUUCAUCUUCAACAGCAAGGUGACAUAUGCGUGCGACGACGGCUACCGACUGACCGGCCAUCAGGAGAGAGUGUGCCAGGCCAACCGUCAGUGGUCCAACGGCGACCCACCCGUCUGCCACAUCCUGACCUGCGACCCUCCGCCCAUCAUCCUGCAUGGCCAAUACCGUGGCUCCGUUGGCUCUGUCUUCGAGGUGGGCCACAAGGUUGAGUACGUCUGCGACGAGGGCUACGAGCUAACCGGCGACGCUGUGUGGACGUGUCUGAAGUACGGCAAGUGGGACAAGUCGAGUCAUCCACGCUGCUCGCUGGUCCAGUGCCCAGAACCGCCCCUAGAUGAGAACCACCUGGUUCUACGUAGUUUGGACUCUGGAAUCGUGGAACUGUCCUGCGAGGACGGCUACGUUCUCCACGGCGCCCGGACCCUCCGCUGCACCCUUGCCCAGGAGUGGAACGACACCUUCCCUGUCUGCAAGCAGGUGUUUUGCGGUCCUCCGCCCGAGGUGGCAUUUGGCGACCCGUCAUCGGCACCGUUGUCUGCUCCCUCCUAUUUCGGCUCGGUGGUGAGCUACUCCUGCAUGGACGGGUUUACUCUGAGGAAGGAGGGGUCUGUGACCUGCCAGGCAGAUGGAUAUUGGAGCAGUCCUGUCCCAGAGUGCAUCCCAGUAGAGUGUCCCCAACCUGUAGAGAUAGCUAACGGCAUAGUGGACGUUCAGGGACUGAUGUACCUCAGCACGGCUCUCUACAGCUGUAAACCUGGGUAUAGCUUGGUUGGUAACGCUACGGUACUCUGUGGUGAAAGUGGGCUCUGGAUUGGAGGUGUAUCUUCCUGUCAACCAUUCGAGUGCUCCGUCCCGAAAGAGAUACCCAAUGGGAAGGUGGCAUAUACCAAACUCCAGUUCAACCACMUGGUCAACUUCUCCUGUCACCGCGGUUACCGUCUACAUGGUCCCGAGACGCUGAAGUGUCUAGCAAACGGGGAGUGGGACCAGGGGACGCCCGUGUGCGUCCAGAUCUACUGCGCUCCACCGAACCCCAUAGACAACGGCUUCGUGGAGGGUCUCGACCACAAGUUCGGCGUCACCAUCUUCUACAGCUGUUUCCCCGGCUACCAAUUGGURGGCCAGAACCACCUGACCUGUGAGGAGUUCGGUUGGUCCAGUUCUGUCCCAGUCUGCAUCCCCUCUGACUGCGGCCUGCCCCCUCAUAUCGACUUUGGCGAGUAUUCGAGGCUCUUGGAUCCGAAUGCGGAGCUAGCCGGGAGAGACGCUGCUAUAACCUCCAGGCCUAUAGGUGGCGCUACAGUGCCAUUAUCACCCAUGGAUAUGAGCUUCCUGCAUGGGACUGUGAUAGUGUACCGCUGCCAUAAGAGUUAUGAGCUUACAACCUCUACUGCCUUAGUGUGCCUGGAGGAGGGGGGGUGGAACGGGACAGCUCCCAUGUGUGUUCCUGCCGAGUGUGAGGAGCCGCCCAGCCCGGACCACGGUUCUGUGAACCUCACAGACACAUCCCUGGGUAGCCUGGUGAAGUACAGCUGUGAGGAGGGCUACGAGUUAGAGGGGGAGUCAGUCAGACAGUGUGUGGCGGGCCGACAGUGGAGCGACGUACCGCCUGUCUGCCGACCUAUAUCCUGCGGCGACCCGGGUGACAUCGAUAACGGCUCGGCCGAGGGAGACUCCUUCCUGUAUCUGGAGGUGUUGCGUUACGAGUGUAGUUCCGGGUUCMUCCUGAAGGGCAGUGACACCAGGACCUGUAAGGCGGAUGGGAAGUGGGACGCUGAGAAGCCUUGGUGUGAGCCUAUCUCCUGUGGCUCUCCCGUCGUUCCUAGUGAUGUCACUGUGACAGGAAAGGAAUAUACGUUUAACAAACAUGUAGCGCUGAGCUGUAAGUCCGGCUUGCUCCUACAAGGCCCCUCUGUUAGUGUCUGUCAGGCCGAUGGUACCUGGAGUCAUGGGUCGCCUGAGUGCCGUCCAGCCCACUGCGGUAGACCAGCAUCCAUCCCCAACGGCCGAGUCCUGGGCUCUGACUUUGGCUACAGCCGUGAGGUGUGGUAUGAGUGUGAGGAGGGGUACAUCCUCAGCGGCGGCGAACCCAAGCGGAUGUGUCGAGGGGACGGACUCUGGGGGGAAGGACCCACCCCUCGCUGUGACAUCAUCGCCUGUGACCCGCCGCAGGACAUCAGCCACGGUUACCUCAACGGCUCCAGCUUCCAAUAUGAUGAUGUCGUGGAGUAUGUGUGUUUCGACGGGUACGAGGUCUUCGGUGACCCCGUCCUGCGCUGUUCCGCCCAAGGCCAUUGGGUCGGGACGGUACCGGAGUGCCGCCCCUGCCUCUGCACCCCUCCAGUGUUAAAAUYCGGGGUGGUGCUGGGGCGCGACCACGCCUGCGGCGACCGCGUCUUCUUCCUCUGCGARGAGGGCUAUAAGGUCCUGGGGCCGGCGGCUGCAACUUGUGAGAAGGGCGGGGUGUGGAGCCCGGGUGUUCCUGUGUGUGGCCGGGGGAGGUGCGUGGCUGCCCCGCCUGCAGUACCCCAUGCUGUCCAGCAGGGUGCCAGCGCCACUGUCCCAGACACAGUUACCUACAGGUGCAGGCCGGGUUACCAGAUGAAGGGGUCCUACCCCCAUGUUACCUGUGGUAGGGAGGGCAGGUGGGGCGAGGUGAGGAUCAGCUGUGAGCCCGUCUCCUGUGGAGAGCCAACUGCUAAACCACAUGCUCACGUGGUMGGAGAGAUGUUCACCUUCGGAAGCCAGAUCCAAUAUAGGUGUGAUGAGGGGUAUGAGCUGACCAGCCAAUCUGACACUCUGACCUGUCAGUAUGACGGCACCUGGUCUAAACACAUCAUCAGGUGCCGCCCCGCCCCAUGCCCGCUCCCUGCCAACCUCACCACCCACGUCCUGGUCACGGGGGAGGACCUCACCCCUGUAGGGGGGGCAGUCACCUUCUCCUGCCCACCUGGGUUCCUCCUGCAGGGGCCAGGCCUGGCAGAGUGUCUGCUGGGUGGUAGCUGGUCUCCAGGCCUCUCCUCUGUCUCCUGUGUUCUGGUGGUUUGUGAGAAACCUCCUCCACUUCCCCAUGGUAUCUCUAAGGGGGACAGUUACAGCUACGGAGACAUCGUCUUGUACACCUGCCUGUCUGGGUUUGAGAUGAAGGUAAUAGUCUCUCGUGCUAGACUCAGUUCGUAUGCGUUCGGGUCUGCUUUCCUGCCUGCCUCGGCGUCCUUGAUGGAUUUCUCGAUUGCCGCCGCUGGGUCUCUUCCCAUGCUACAGUUUCUAUGGACGCAUUUGGGGGAUCUUCCUGGGCUGUGCUGCUGUAUGGGCCACGGGACAGUGGAGCUCCAUCCUUCCCCCUUCUGUCAACCCAAACCAUGCCCCCCUCCCCCUGGAUGGAAGGAGAGCAGUGGGAGUGUUAACACUUCGAAACAGCUGUUCUACGUGGGUCAGUCAUUACCGUUCACCUGUCCCAAGGGCCACCAGGCAAAAGGCACCGCCUCCAUCACCUGUAGGAGCGACCAGACAUGGACCUCAGUCAGCACUGCCUGUGAGAGGGUGUCCUGCGGCCCUCCUCUCCACGUGGCCAACGGGGUGGUGCGGGGGGCGGUGUUCCAGUUCGGGGACGUGGCCGUGUACUCGUGUUUCGGAGGGUAUGCCGUGGAGGGCCACGGCAGGAGUAUGUGUCUGGAAAACAGGACCUGGACCCCCCCUCCCGCCUGCAGAGCGGUGUGUUGGCUGCAGUGCCUGAACGGAGGGGUGUGUCACAGACCCAACACCUGUUCCUGUCCUGAUGGGUGGAUGGGCAGACUGUGUGAGGAACCUAUCUGCAUCCUGCCGUGUCUGAACGGCGGGCGGUGCGCGGCACCCUACCAGUGCGAGUGUCCCACGGGCUGGACGGGGACGCGCUGUCACAGUGGUAAGUAUGUGAGAGUGUGUCACAGCGAGUGUGUCCACUUUGUGACUACAAUAUAA